AUGUGGCGCGGGGUUCCCUCGACGGUCGAGGGACAUAUGCGGCCUCAGGAUUAUGAUCGUCUCUUGCAGAUGGCCUAUCCGGCAGCUACCAAAAUGGUAACAAACAACAUUCGACAGGAGGACGUCUCUAAGCCUCUCAAUUCGGACAAAGGCGACAGCUCUCUCACAUCCCAGCCAACUUUGGUGCGAUGGUACAUUGACACUCGGCGCUGGGAUGACAUGGCCCUUAACCUUCCUUUACUCCAGACUCUGUCUCGAGCCGACCAAAACUCCAUCAUGAAGUACCACCACUUGUCGGAUAAGCGCAUGUCCCUGGCGUCUCAGCUACUGAAGUACUUCUUUGUCCACCAGGCCACUGGCAAAUCCUGGAAUGAGAUCAUUAUCCGCCGUACUCCUGUUCCCGAGAACCGUCCAUACUACGACUCAAGCGUGGAUUUCAAUGUCAGUCAUCAGGCAUCUCUGACGCUCCUUGCAGGGACCCUUGCCCCAGAGAGCAAUGCCCAGACUAGCUCCUAUCCGCCCCGGGUUGGAAUUGAUGUUGCCUGUGUUGAUGAACCUAGUCGUCGUCGUUCUGACCGACCUCCCAAGACCCUUGCAGCUCUGGCGUCUUUUGUGGAUAUCUUCACCGAGGUUCUCUCCGCCCGUGAAUUGGAAACCAUCAAGAACCCCCGUGCAACUCUUGAACUAGCUCGUCGGCGCGGUAUCAAUACAAGCGAUGCAAAGAAUGACACCGAGGAAAGCCUGGCUCUCUACGGUAUGCGCCUCUUCUAUUCGGUCUGGGCUCUGAAGGAGGCAUACUUAAAGAUGACCGGAGACGGCCUUCUAGCCAAUUGGGUACGUGAGUUACAGUUCUCAAACGUCAUCGCCCCAGAGCCUGUGUCCAAGCGUGGUGUUACCGAAUACCCCCUGUGCGAGCCCAAUCCCGUUGAUCAGACUACCUUCAUUGCUCCAUCCGUCCAGAACUGGGGUGCGCCAUACACGGAUAUCCACAUUACGCUAAAGGGUAACCCCGUUAACCAUGUGCGCGUUCAACUCUCCGCCUUCGAGUCGGACUUUAUCGUGGCCACUGCCGCCGCCGGGUCCAACAUCGGUACCGUUUCCAAACAAGUUCAGAAUGACGGCGAUCACCACUUGCCAGGAUACUAUGAGCUAUCCGAUCAACAUGGGCCAAAGGAUAUGCGAAUUGCGCCCUCUGCACUUCGAAAAGUCGGCGAGCGGGAUCCCUGGCGCGUGCAGUCUGCAAUCAGGGACCCCUGGCUCCCCAUGCAAGAAGUAGACAUUGACCUCGACAUUCGCCCCUGCGCCGAGGGCCGCUGUGUUCACUUCCAACCCCCACAAUCAAUCUUUGCACACAAGCCCACCCCAUCGGUGGAUUCAACGGGUUCUCCGGAUCUGAACUACUGUUGA